AGUCAGUCUGGAUAUGAUGUCAGUUCAAGCAAAUACUGGCCCAUCAUGGGAAGACAAGAAUACCACAGCAUUCUGGAGAGGGCGUGACAGCCGCAAAGAGAGGCUUGAACUUGUAAAACUCAGCAGAAAAUAUCCAGAAAUCAUAGAUGCUGCUUUCACAAACUUUUUUUUUUUUAAACAUGAUGAAAGCCUCUACGGCCCCAUUGUUAAGCACAUUUCAUUUUUUGAUUUUUUUAAGUAUAAAUAUCAAAUUAAUAUUGAUGGCACAGUGGCAGCAUACAGAUUGCCUUACCUACUAGCAGGAAACAGUGUGGUGCUAAAGCAAGACUCCAUCUACUAUGAACAUUUUUAUAACGAGCUGCAGCCUUGGAAACAUUAUAUUCCAUUCAAAAGUGACCUGAGUGAUCUACUAGAAAAACUACAGUGGGCAAAAGAGCAUGAUGAAGAGGCAAAAAAUAUUGCAAAGUCUGGACAAGAAUUUGCAAGAAACAAUCUCAUGGGAGACCACAUUUUUUGUUACUAUUUCAAACUUUUCCAGGAAUAUGCCAGCUUGCAAGUGAGCGAGCCGAAAAUCAGAGAUGGGAUGGAGAAGGUGCAGCAGCCUGAUGAUGACCUUUUUCCAUGUACUUGCCACAGAAAAAAGGCCAAAGAUGAACUCUGACAGAAAGAAAUAAAAUAAUUUUUUGAAUAAUUACCUACAUUCAGACUGUCUUCUUAAGGAAAGAAGAAAAAUUUGGAUUAAAAUGCCAGUGGAUAACGUCAAUGGAUAUUAUGAAGUUUACUGCAUCAUGAAAUAUUUCUUCCGUACUACAUACGGAAGAAAACCAAGCACCCCAGUUCCUUUCUAUCAUGCAGUAGUUGCAGAGCCUUACUCAAAAACUUUUUUAUAUAUUUUUUUUUUUUUAAAUAAAAACCAUGUUUGUAUCA